AUGCCGCCCGCGCCGAAGCACGGCCUUGACGCCUCCUUCGGGGCGCGUCCCGUGACCACCGGGGCGCAGCCUCAGUUUCGCGAAGAACAAGGUUAUCCAUUCUCUCUGAGUUUUAAUGACGAUGUCCCGUCUCUCCAGAAGGAUGAAUCUGGACAGCCGAGAGAACAGACGGAGGAUUGGCCUUCUCUCUGCGGCGGACAGUCGGAAGGAUGUGAGUGCUCUCCUCGCUGUCUCUACUCGGUCACAGAUUGCGGUGAACAGAGGUCUGGACUUCCCACAGAGGAUACGAUUGUCGACUGGCGUCCUCUCGACGUGUUUAGCGACUCUGAACCUUUGAAAAAACCUGGCGGUAGCAAUGGAGCUUGCACACAAGAAUUAGCAGCCGCAGAACACGGGGACAAGAGUGGAGAAGAGGAAGGAGAGAGAGGUGAGGACAAGAGCAAGCGGACACGCGGGGGAGCGGAAAUGGGAGAGCGCUGCGUCCGGCGCGGAGAACAACAAGGCGAAAAAUCAGAGAACGACGACCAAGACAAUGGCAAAGUUGACCGCGAGAGGGGUAAACAAGGUGCUAACCGAGAGAGAGAAGAAGAGAUAACAGCAAAAUACGAACGAGAGAUUCAGAAAGGUACCAGCAAAACAAUCAAGAGGAUAGUGACAGAAAGAGAGAGACAAACAAGUGAGAAGGAGCAGAAAUCCAAGGAUUGCGAAAGAGGAAGCAAGGACGGAGAAACGGGGAAGGAGAAGGACUACGAAAUGUUGGAGGAUAGAACCGCAGACGGUGACAAAGCGGAGGGAAAAACAGAGUCGGAGGGGACAGGCCUGGAGAGUGAAGACGAAUCAGAGCCAUACAGUAAGUCAUUCAAAAAAGAGGAACAGAAGAAAGGGCGAAAGAGAGACAAACGAAACCGAGAACAGGGGAGCGAACGGUCAAAAACUGGCGAUGAGCAGCGGGGAAGUGCAAGCGGCCCUGAAGAGGAAUACGGUCAGGGAGCAGAAGCGAAGAUGAAGGAUCGAACGAAGGAGCGAAGAAUCGAACAAGAAGAAGACAAAGACAGCAACGCGAGAAAAAGGCAAAAACAGUCGAGAAAAGAUCAACACAGUGGAGGCGUCAGCGGUAAGGAGGGGAAAGUCAAGACCCCGUUUCUGUCUGCCUUCUCCAACUGUGGGCUGGCACUUGUCACGGAUAACUACAGCUCAAAGGAAAAUGAAAAGCGACAGUCUGGCGUCUGUGGAGGAAAUCAUUUGGGUCCCUGUCUCCUCAUGCCGACAGGGAGGGAGGACGAAAGGAGCGAGGAGAUAAAAAAAAGGACAGACAUCGUUGCAGUAAGAUCAGCUGCCCUAAGCAGCGCUGGAGAACGAACAGAAGAAAAACAGCCACUAACAGGAGAAGCUGAAGAAGAAGAAACACAGACGAACGAAAGAGACGAAGCCACUGUCAUCACACCCGCUUGUGCUCGGGGAGCCGCGGCGAGAAAACCACCUCUCGCGUCGGCCGCCUCAUGGGGCUUGGCCUAG